UGAAGCUGCGUCCGCGAUGGAGGCCGCCUCUUCCUGAUUCCCCAAACCGUUUGCCCCUUUCCCUGUAGCGAAUCUCACCUCCCGAACCAACUCGGGCUCGCCGGCGGCGACCGCCGCCGCGCCGGCUGCGUGAUGGAGCUGUCGUCUGCUUUCGAGGAGCGCGUCCGGCAGAUGGAGGACGCGCGCAACCACUGCAUGACCCGCCUCCAAGCCGAGAAGGAGAUCCAGGCCGCCAAGUCCCGCCUCCUCGCCGCCAAGGUCGCCGCCGCCCGCCGCCUCGAGGGCCGCCGCCUCCUCCUCGAGCGCCGCGCCGCGGACCUCGCCUCCCGCGCCCUCGCCGCCCGCGCCGGCAUCGACGCCGCCAACGCGCGCCGCCUCGCCGUCGCCCGCGACAUCAGCUCGACCAACGGCGAGAUCGAGGAGGCGCAGCGGAAGGCGGAGGAGUGGGACCGCUUCUACGAGUCCAAGAGGAAGGAGAUGGAGGAGUUCCGGGCGAUGUCGCAGCAGUUCGAGGCGGGAGCUCGUCAGGAAGUGCAGAGGCUCAAGGCCUCUGUGUCUCAACUGCAGGCAGCCCUGCAGGAGCUGCAGAGCGGCGGGUUGCGCUCGGACGACGCCGGGAUCGGGACCGCGGAAGCCAGGAAGGCCGACCUCAUGGCCAAGAAGGCGAAGCUGGAUGUGAGCCUGGCUGCUGCCCGACAGUUCAGAGCACUGCUUCGGCAGCAGCUCCAGAAAGCCUUCGCGUCACAGGUUAGGGAUCAAAAGGCAGCACAAAACUGACUAGUAUGUGGUACUCCAAGCUAAACGACCUUCAUUAGCUAGCUCAAUCGCUACGGAUUAAGGAUGCAAGCGUCGCGGACUAGCGGACAAUAACAUAGUACAAAUGUAGUGUUAAUUCUAGGCAGAUGUUGAGCAAAUUUUGAACUGAUGGAUGAGUUUCGUUGAACGAAGCGGGCUGCAGCUUGCACCCCUGCUACUGAUGAAACGAACUUUAAAUGUCUACAGGCAGAUACAUGCUUUUUUUUUAUUUCAGUCUUGUUUAGAACACUGAAAUUCUCCGGAUUCCAAUCUUUGCCACUCUGCUGGGUCUGAGACCAAAUAUUGUAGAUAACAUGUUGUAAUUCAAACGCUAGAUGAUCAACAGCUAACCCAUCAUUGAGGCCACAGCAGCUUAGUGCUUCCUCGGCUUCUCUCUCUAGACUAAGAUGUUUUACUUGUUGCAUUGGUUCUUCGGCGCUGCUAUACACACGAUGCCUGCACACCGACGCCGUCGCAAUGCCAACAGCGAGCAUGCUCGCAAGAGCGCUGUUGGGGAGGGAGCAUCGUUUGUAGGUCGUCCGGAGACUGUCGUGUGUGAAGCAAUUUCCUUGGUUCUUCUUGUUCUUACUUCCGUUGUCCUGGCAUGUGUAGGACAAGAUGUUUUCCUCAUUGCAAACCGAAAGUCGUCUGAAUUCUUUAACAUAUCUUAUUUUCAUCAAUUCCAAGUAAGUUGGAUGUGCCUGAAUAUAUGUAACUAGUGCUGCUAUUUUCUUCUUAAUGAGCCCCAUUAGAGGUUCUCCCCUAUGCUAUUGUGAAUAUUUUAUUUGUGAUUACAUACAUUGGGUUUUCUCUUUUUAA